UCAUAGGGCUCCCUGGGGUUCAUAAGUUAUGCUGCAUCCCUGGCCAAAGUCGAAUAUCGAUAUAAACUCCGGAUAGGAAUGUUAAAAUCGAUAUUGCGUUGUGCUUAAGAUCUCGUCGCGGCCACGUCUGUCCAUAGGCAGGACUGGCUCUUUCAGCCGAAGGAACCUGAGCGACACACACAACAGAAAUGUCGACACCAAGCUUCCUUGACGGUGGCAUCGGACUAUCCAAGAUGAUCUCUCAUAUAUCUUUGUUCCUUUUUACGUGUGUUGCAGUGGUAUCGGCGCUUCCGUCGAGCCUCCAACCUCGCCAGUCGUGGACCAUUGGUUUUUACGCGCAUGAGUUAACAGAAUUCGGGUGCAGGCCCAUCAUAUUCAUCUGGGCCAAGGCGACUAUAGAACCUGGGAACUUGGGCAAUACGGUUGGACCGGCGCUGUCGGACGGGCUAAAGGCGGUCUUUGGUCCUGCCAACGUCGCGACUCAGGGGGUGGACUAUUGGGGCUUUAUUGAAACGAACUUCUACCCUGGCGGAGCGCCACCAUGGGGAAUUUACGACAUGCAACUCCUUUUGAAUUCGGCAGCGACCUGUCCAGAUUCAAAGAUUGUUGCCGGAGGUUAUAGCCAAGGAGCCGCCCUCACCCACCGGGCUAUCGAAGGUCUGACUCAAGAAGUCAAGGACAAGAUCAUAGGAGUGGUGACCUUUGGCGAUACGCAAACAUAUCAGGACGGGGGCCGGAUCCAGGGUUUCGACACGAACCGGACGCUGAUCAUCUGCAACGCGGGAGACGCUGUGUGUGUCGGGACCCUCUACGUCUUCCCCGUGCACUUCGACUACGUGAAAUGGGUCCCUACCGCCGUCUAUUACCUCACUAAUAAGCUGCUGGACGAUGCCACUAUAAAUCCAUGGCCUAAUGGCAGUUUCAUAUUCCCAAACGUCACUGUGCCGGCGAUACCACAGGUCCCGGCGCCGCCUCAACCAUCCGAUGCGGUUCCUAUGUCUCUUCCCCCGUUACCGACACCGAUAAUCUCAGAUAUUUGAGAUUUGAAUUCGAAUGAUUCUUGUUUUGUGUUUUAAUGAAUUUACGCCUGGUAUCGUCGAGUUCGUCUAGGGGUAGCGCACCAGGGGGUAUCACGCACCUACAAAGCAUGACUUGCUGCGGGAUGGGAGUUCGGCGAUGUUACCGAGCAGUCAAGACUAUGACCAUAGAGCUUUAGA